AAGCGACGUCGUUGGGUUUCUUCCUUCUAGGUCUCUCAGUGCAUGCAUCGCAGAAAGGAAAAAAACUGAGAGCAGAAGCUGAAAUCCAUGGCGAUUCAUAGGGGAGGGAAAAGCUCUUCCGCUUCGUCUUCAUCGCCAUGCGCCCAUCUCAGAACUGCUUACCACAAUUGCUUCAACAGGUGGUAUUCAGAGAAGUUCUUGAAGGGUCAGUGGGACAAAGAAGAAUGUGUUUCCGAGUGGCAAAAAUACCAAUCUUGCCUCUCUCAACAUCUAGAAGAUAAGAAUUUGAGCAGCUUUUUGGAAGGCAAAGGAGCUGCGGAUUCAUCCAAUCAAGCUGAUUCUGGAAGCCCAGUUGGUGGUGCUUCCACUGGUGUUUCUCAGUAAUCUAUAUUGAAUCUAUGCUCUAUAGAAUAGACCAUGAUAAUGGAAAGAAAAAUCAACAAACUUACUCAGAGAAGCUGGUUGGAGGCCUAGGAGCAUGUUGGCUGCUUGUUUGGACCUCAUGCCUACUCAUCCCUGAACCUCAAUACCCUUCUACUAGACCAAGUUGCAGUUGGGUAAGGCUUCAUCUUGAUCUUGUUUCACAGAGAUGAUCUUGGCUUCCAUUGAGUGUUGUAUCUUAGAGACCAUGAGAGAAGCCACCCAGAUUUAUUCAAGGUGGUUUCAGAUAUCUAGUUAUAUGAAUCUUUGUAUUUUGAUGCAGAACACCCAUUGUUUCUCA